AUGGCUUCCGCUGGCGGCUCUUUGGGACGCCGUUGAGGAGAGGAGGGCGAGGUCUAUCCGAGGCUUUGGCUGCGAUUCUCCUCAGCGAUGGCGCUUCGGUCGCGGUUCUGGGAGUUGUUGCCGGUUUGCAGAAACCCUGGUAAUUCGUCUUACCACUUCUCUCAGGUUACACCCCAGGGGUGUCGGGUGGCAGCGUUCUCGACCAGUGCUAAGCCAGCGGUGAAGCCUGAGGCGGACCCCGUGGGAAAUGAAGCCGUUGCCCCAGAGUUCACCAACCGGAACCCCCGGAAUCUGGAGCUCUUAGCUGUGGCCAGAAAAGAGCGGGGUUGGGGGACCGUGUGGCCCUCCCGUGAGUUCUGGCACAGGUUGCGAGUUAUAAGGAGCCAGCAUCACAUAGAAGCGCUUGUUGAGCAUCGCAACGGCCAGGUUGUGGUGUCGGCCUCCACUCGUGAAUGGGCCAUUAAGAAGCACCUUUAUAGCACCAAAAAUGUGGUGGCUUGUGAGAGUGUAGGACGGGUGCUGGCACAGCGGUGCUUGGAAGCAGGAAUCAACUUCAUGGUCUACCAACCCACGCCUUGGGAGGCAGCAUCAGACUCGAUGAAACGACUACAGAUUGGCAUGAUAGAGGGUGGUGUGGUGCUGCAGGAGCCUCGGAGAAUCUAUGAAUGAAGCAGAAGCAUUGUUUGGAACUUGUAAAUGAAAGCUGUCAGCUCUUCAUUCAUCAGAAAAGCGCCUCUGGAAGAACUGCCAGCUUGGACGUUUUAUACAAAAAUCUAACAGCAGAAUGUUAUUAGUUAAGGUUGUCUCCUUCUCCCCUUCAGUAUGUUUGUCUUAAAUCCAGGGCUGAAUUCUUCGCUCUUGGACGUGAGAGAAGUAUCUGAGAAAAAUUGUUGCCAAUUGUAAUUAACUUCUGAAGGACAAAGUAAAUUGUUGUUUAUAAGUUAAAGAAUAAAGGUAUAUUAUUAACUCUU